AUGACACCAUAUCGAUACCAAUCCUCUGCCGUCGGAUCACAGCCCUCACCCGAUCGCAGCCCUCCAUCUCGCGUCGUCUGCCCCGCCGCCCGCCGUCGCGCUCAGCAGCAUCGUAUUCCCAGCACUCCCGGCUUCGGUGGCAACCAGCAAAUUGUGCCUAUCCCUCACGUACACGCGGAUCACCUCAUCCUCGGCCUAAUGGAACGACCUGCGACCGCAACAGGCAAUAUGAUCCUCGCCAGAUUGUCGCUUGCAACCCGCGGCACCUCGCCGAGCCCACCUUGUCCGAAGAAACGGCGGCUCUACCUGCUGCGAUCUCCGCGCCCCCUCGCCCUCGGUCCGUCCAUCAUCCUCACUCUCCUGCAGGACGGUCAGCUGGCCUGCACGCGGCCACAACUUCACCACGCGCGAUCACUAUUGUUACUGCGCUACUGUGAUGCUCCACACCCGCCCGCGCGGACGUGUCAAACCAGGGACACCGCCCGCCUAACGCGUUGUCUCUUGACCCCCUCGCCCCCAAUGGACAUUACUCUCGAUCGUUGGGGCUCGCGGGCUGGACCGCAGUCUACUGUCAAGAAACCAUUUUCGCUGUCUAGCUUUGACUUGACUGCGAGGCCACAGCUCCUGUUUGGGCACGCCUGA